AUUCACAUCCGUGCCAUUAGCCGCCAUUUCCUUUGUUAAGACGAGUAGAAAAGCCUCGGCACGCAUUUUCUGCGCCAUUCUCCCGCACAAGCCGCUCGGAUUCUCUCCAGAACCCCCGUCAACCGUGAGCAACAUGGACGCUAACAACAGCAACAUUAAGCGGAAGAGCAGCGCCGGCGACGGUAAAUAUCUGCCGGAGUUACUGGCGGAAAAAGACAGCCUGGACUCCUCGUUCACGCACGCCAUGAAACUCCUCUCUGCAGAGAUUGAAAGGGUCCAGAAAGGUGAACCUAAAAAAGAGUCCGAGACGUAUCUGGAUCUGUUCACCGCCAAGAACGUGAGGGUGAAAGAGAGAGUGCUCAUCCCUGUGAAACAGUACCCUCGGUUCAAUUUUGUGGGAAAGAUUCUGGGGCCACAAGGCAGCACCAUCAAACGUCUGCAGGAGGACACCGGGGCGAAGAUCUCAGUGCUGGGCAAAGGAUCCAUGAGAGAUAAGAACAAGGAAGAGGAGCUGAGGAAGGGUGGAGAUCUGAAGUAUGCACACUUGGCCAUGGAGCUGCACGUGCACAUCGAGGUGUUUGCUCCAAUUCCUGAUUGUUACCUGCGUAUGGCUCAUGCCAUGGAUGAGGUCAAGAAGUUCCUAAUGCCUGUGGAAGGGCUUGAAGACAUGCACCCGGAUGCAUUCAUGGAUCCAGGGUUUCUGAACGGUUCUCAGGAUAUUUCUGGCAGAGGCCCCCCUCCUGGCCGAGGCCGUGGUGGACCACCCCCAAUGGGCCCUAGGGGCCGUGGUAUGCCUCCUCGUGGAGGACCCCGUGGAGGACCAAGGGGAGGUCCAGGACGUGGAGCUGCAGCGAGGGGAGGCCCCGCUGGAAGAGGUGGACCUCCACCCCCAAAUUCAGCCAGAGGAGGAGCAGCAGCUCGGUCAAGACCACCAACCCAAACUCAGAGGAUGACACCAGCAACCGCUCUCUCCCACCAGCAGCACCCAUCCAAACCAGAAACCUACGGCGAAUAUGCAUAUGAAGAACCAUACGCAGAGCCUUCCUAUGAAGGAUAUGAGGGCUACUACAGUCAGCCUGCUCCACAGCCAGACACAGAGUAUUAUGAUUACGGUCACGGAGAGGCACAAGAAACUUACGAGUCUUACACUGAAGAUGACUGGGCUGGCGGUGCUUGGGGUGGAUCCGGUGGAAAGGCUCCGACUGCCCGGCCGGGCAAAUCGUAUCGGGAUCAUCCGUAUGGCAGAUACUGAGAGCUGUCCGUCACAACGUUUGCCUGGCAACUUCCUCCCCUCGUAACCUCUUGUAACCACCUAAAUGACUGAUGCCGAGAGGUUCUUUCCAGACUGGCUUUACCAGCAGCUGCUACAGGCUUUUGGUGUCAUUUAGUACUGAAGAGGAAAAUGACGGCGCCUUUUAAUACAUUCUCGUGUGACUGAGGAAUGUUUAGUGAAGAUUUUAGUCUGUUUUUUAAACAUGUUUGUUAUUUUGUUACUUUUUUAUACAUGCAUUUUUUGGAUCCCAAUAAAUGAUUUUAUACUGUUUUA